GGAUAGGGAAAGGCUAUUCUUGUGCAUUGAAUAACUGAAUGAAUAGUGUAGCGUCUUAUUAGUUCUAGAAAGAAAAGGCACAAUGAUGAAAACAAAAAAGUAUGCUGUACUGUUGGUAGUUUUUUUGAACUUCGUAAUGACUCGAGGUGCUGGUGACAUUGGGGAUUCAUGCACCACAUCAGAUGAUUGUUCAGGUAACAAGGUGUGCUAUGAUCAAGGUGGCGAUAAAUGCUGCUUUUGCCCAAUCGGAUAUAAAGGAGACGACUGUACAGAAGCUGACUUGGUGAAUCCUGUCUGUCCAUUUCCUACAAAUCCUGUUGAUGUCUGCUCUGUGCCACCAACGGGACAACCAUGCGGGUUUGACAAUUCUGACUGCCCGAACGAUGGAAUAUGUUGUAUAUCAUCCAAUGCAUGCGGAUCACAGUGCGUUUCAUCUUCUGCAGGUUGUGGAAGUUCAGCAAAUGUUAAAACAUGUACUGAUGACAAUAAAUUAUGUGUGAAUGACGGAUUAUCGCCGAACGGAUUUAGAUGUGAAUGCCCAGUUGGCUACACUGGUUCUGAUUGUCGAACUCGACAAAUGAUCGACAAAAAAUGCGAUUAUCCUAAAGUACCAAAUAAUGUUUGCGCCACAUUAGAAGACCCCACUUGUACUGCAACUGCUGAUUGUGAUGAUAAGAAAAUAUGCUGCUCAACAGGAUGCGGAACAAAAUGUGUUAGUAAGGGAGGAAUAGAUUUCCAAACGCUUUUGUUGUUAAGUACUUUAAUGAGCCAAAGACGUAGACCACCCGUUCAACCUCGCCCUCCAGUAUGCCGCAGGAGGGUUUGCGGCCAGAUGUUAUGUCCCAACAAUCUUCGAGCAACUUGUAGACCACUGGGCGCUUGCGAUGGCUAUUUUAUUGAUCAAUACUCUGGAAAGGAUAUAACAGCAAAGUGUUCAUGUAGGAGAGGAGAACAAGAAAUAUCCACCUGCCCCCCAAAUUUCUGUUACGACGCUUCAGGUCGGCCACUAGUAUGUUCCAAUUAUCCCACCGCUAGGUGUCGAGUUUCAAGAUGCGGAAGAUGUUACAGAUAUUGGAUUCUUGACAAUGGGAGAGAGGUAACCUGCGUUCAGAAGAUGUCGUCAUCAAGUGUUACCAGCAAUGUUUGUUUACCUGGUGAAAGAGUGAUUCCUAAUUGCCCUGAUUUGUGUAGCAGAGUCUCCUGUCCGAACUACUCUGAUGCAGUAUGUACAGUGCAUCCUUGCAACGGGUGUAGAUAUAAAUUUACUAGACAGGGAAUUGACGUAACGUCACAAUGCCAGAUCAUUGGAUAACGAUUCAAGACAAAAAAUCUUAUUUAAAAUUUUAUUGACAAAUAUAUAUUAUGUGUGAUUUAAUAAAUACAAUGACUUAUUAAAGACAGACUGAGUUGUUUAAAGUUGAAAUAAUUAUUUUUGUCGAUCAAUUAUUAUUAAACUAACUUGUUAUUCAGUUAAUGAAUUGCAAUACAUCUCAUGUUUGUUAAAGAUCAAG